AUGAACUGGGGGAGCGGCGUGUCGCAUUUAAGACAGGCCCUGAUACCAUUUCUCUAUCCCACGUUGUCAACGUCUGUACCCACGUCUAGCCUGACAACAGUUUCCAGAGCCACCAAAUUUCUCCGGAGCUCUUCUGCCGUCCCCAGACGACUUACCAGCACGUUGCAUACGGCCAGCGAGACGGGAUCUCGUGAAACAAAAUAUUUCGGGGACGAAUCUCUAAACACCAAUCACCUAAAUCCCUCUCCGUCCGAUUAUUCACGUUCAGUUUUCCAAGACCGCUGCACAUUAACUCUGUAUGCGGGCUCAGGGGGCAAUGGAUGCGUUUCAUUCCUUCGAGAAAAGUACAUUGACGAUGGGCCCGCGAACGGAGGGGAUGGUGGGAGUGGAGGAAAUAUUUAUAUACAGGCAAUUGAAGGCCAAACUAGUCUCCACAAGCUAGCUAGACGUGGGGUAAUUAAAGCUGGACAUGGUAGGAGUGGCCAAGGGAAAUCACAAGGAGGACAGCGGGGGAAAGAUGUGCUGUUACAAGUACCUGUCGGGACAGUUAUUCGCGAAGUUGGACGGUACGAUCCUUUGGCCGAGGAAGAGCGAUUUGUAGCACAGUUGAUCCGGGAGAAGGGAAAGGAAGAAGGACUGCGUGCAGCGUCUGAACGACGGGAACGAUGGGUAUUUUAUCCCGGCUCACAGCCGUCCGAUUUCUUCACUGAGCAAUUUCCGAUCCUACCACCAGCACGCCGAUCCGCCCUUGCUGCGUCGCAGCCCAGGGCACCAAUUUAUCUUGAUCUAUCCAAGCAUAUGCAAGAUCCUAUUUUGCUUGCUGCGGGGGGUGUUGGCGGGCUAGGGAACCCGAAUUUUGUAAGCAACACAAAUCCGAAGCCAAGGUUUGCAACCAGGGGUGAAAAGGGUAUUAAACUGGAGCUUGAGUUCGAGCUUAAAUUACUAGCUGAUGUGGGCCUCGUCGGAUUGCCAAAUGCGGGAAAGAGUACUUUGCUACGUUCAAUUACCAAUAGCCGGACACGAAUUGGGAACUGGGCAUUCACUACUCUCUCUCCAAAGAUUGGAACUGUUGUCAUUGAUAAUCACUCUGGGCGCCCUCUUAUCGAGCCAAAGCCAGGGUGCCCACGUCGUACGAAUUUCAUCAUCGCAGAUAUCCCAGGAUUGAUAGAAGGCGCCCAUCUCGAUAGGGGCCUCGGACUUGGAUUUCUUCGUCACGUCGAGCGAGCAGGAAUUCUUGCAUUCGUCAUCGAUCUUAGUGCAGGAGACGCCGUUCAGGCCCUUAAAGGGCUUUGGCGAGAGCUGAACGAGUACAGCCGUCUUCAAGACCAGGAAUUAAAUCUACAAACACAGCAGCGGCUCAUCUCAUGGAUCUCGCUGGAUCAUAACUCAUCAGAUCAGUCUGAAGAUCGUUUUGGCUUCCCACAGGUUGCCCCGCCCACCUUGGUCCCGUCGAGAAGGGACGUCUCAGCCAAGAGUCUUCCCCCAAUAUACAUUAAACCAUGGCUCGUUAUCGGGACGAAGGCUGACCUUCCAGGCACUCAAGAGAACUUUACCGCUCUCCGUUCGUAUCUGGAGGCAGUCGAGAAGGGCACCCAGGAGCAUCCUUGCGGUCAGCAGAAUGCAUGGCGCGGCAAGCUUUUCUCCAUUCCUGUCAGCGCCAUCAACGCACAAGGGGUCAAUUCCAUUCCUGAGAAGAUUGUACGACUGUUAGAUGGUUAUUAA